AUGCAGCUGGCUUUAGACAAGCUAAAUUCUAAUCCUGCCUUCCUUACAAACUACACUCUGGACUUUGUGUAUGCAGACUCAAACUGCGAUUCCAAGACUUCACUCAGUUCCUUCAUUGACCAAGUGUGGAAGUAUAAUAUCUCAGCACUCUUUGGUCCUCCUUGUGCAGAGGAAGCAGAGGUAACAGGUCUCAUGGCAUCUCAAUGGAACAUCCCAAUGUUCAGCUAUGCCAGUCAGACGCCCAAACUGGAGAAUAAUGCUGUAUAUGAUACUUACAUUAAACUGGUGUCCCCUCUCCAUAAAGCAGGAGAGGUCCUGAUUAAGACACUGGAGUACUUUGGCUGGAAAUAUGUGGCAAUGAUUGGAGGGGGUUCUUACUCAAGCACUUGGGACAAAAUUAAUGAGCUAUGGAUGUCAAUGGAAAGGCAGUUGAAAUCACAAUUCAUUGUCACAGCUAGCAUAAAGUAUGAUACCAGCAACCUUGCUCUCACCCACAAGAACAUUAAGUACAUCUCUACUGUUGCUAGAAUUAUCAUUGUAAUUUGUAAUUCUGAAGAUGUGACCUCAUUAAUGCUGGAAGCUGAAAAGCAGGAGUUAGUGAACGGACAGUAUGUGUUUUUCAUUAUCCAGCAGUUUGAGGAUUACCUAUGGAAACAUGCUUCAGAACAAGGGACUAGACAAGAUAUUUUGAAAGCCUUUGACAUGGCAUUUGUGAUUGCUCUGAAAUCCUACAACGGAUAUGACUACUAUGAUUUCCUUGAAAAAGUUUAUCUGAGACUGAAAGGGUCUCCAUUCUACAGCAACCUAACUUCAGAGAAAGAGGUCAGCUCCUAUGCAGCCUUUCUCCAUGAUGCGGUUCUGCUUUAUGGGAUGGGACUUAAGGAGAUGGUUAAAGCAGGCAAGGAUCCACGCAAUGGCAGGGAGCUGGUUCAGCUCUUGAGAGACCAGAGCAAUAUCAUGUUCUAUGGUGCAACAGGGCUUGUGAAACUAGAUGCAUCUGGAGGAAGAAAUAUGGAUUAUGCUGUGUAUGAUCUGCAAUUGUCUAAGAACAUGACCAAGUUUGUACCUGUUUUACAGUAUGACAGCUUCAAAAGUACUGUCAGCCCCACUCCUGAAUUUUCCUACAUUUCCUGGCCUAGUGGCAGACCAUCAGCAGAUAAACCAGACUGUGGAUUUGACAAUGAGCUGUGUGGACUGCUAAUUAAUGAUUUAUCGGUUUUAAUCUUGGUGGUGAUUCUGCUUGUCACAGCUUUUUUCGGGGCAUCAUUUAUUACUUUGCUGAUGGUGCAAAAAUACAGACUCAAAACUAGAUUAGGUGAUGCCUGGUGGCAUAUAAACUAUAAUGACAUCACCAUUGUAAAAGAUCCAAAGGGAAACCACAAUUUGUCUGUAGCUACAACACCUACAAUGAAGGAAAAUGGAAGUUGUGGGACCCAGACUUUGAUUUCUAGCAGCAAUAGUUUUGGCUUGAGAGAUAAAAUGGGGAAAGAAGUUGUUUAUGCUACAAUCGGCAUAUACAAAGGUAAUGAGGUUGCAAUCAAAUACAUUGAGAGGCAAAUUCUUAGUGAUAUGAGAAAACCAUCAAUUAUUGAAGAAUUUCAAGUGAUGCGUGAACUGAAGCAUGAAAAUUUGGUACAAUUUUUUGGGGUUUGCAUAGAACCACCACAUGUCUGUAUCAUAACGCAGUACUGCAGAAAGGGAAGCAUAAAGGAUGUUCUGAGGAACUCGGAUAUUGAACUGGACUGGAUGUUCAAACUGUCUUUCGCUUAUGACAUUGUUAAUGGCAUGGUGUUUAUUCACAAUAGUAAUCUCCGAUCCCAUGGAAAUCUGAAGCCAACUACAUGUCUAGUGGACAGUCGCAUGCAGGUUAAGCUUUCUGGAUUUGGCCUGUGGGAGUUCCGUCAUGGGACCAAGCAUAGGGUGAUCCCUUUGGAAAAUCCAAAAUAUGAAGAGCUCUAUUGGACAGCCCCCGAGUUAUUAAGACUUGUGCAGCACCCAUUUAAUGGAACCCCAAAAGGGGACAUCUUCAGCUUUGCCAUUAUAAUGCGGGAGCUGAUCUGUGAUGGUGAGGUGGGCCCAUACCAUGAUGUCCAACUGGAACCUGAAGAAAUUAUUGAACGAAUAAAAACUCCUCAUUCAGAUCAACCAUUCAGGCCAUCCCUGUUGAUUGGUAAGGUCAAUGAGGGGAUAUCGGCCCUACUGAAAUCUUGCUGGGAUGAAAAUCCAGAGCGUAGACCCACUUUUUUAUCCAUCAGGAGACGAUUACGAGAAGCCAGUCCUGAAAGUCAUGUCAGUAUUCUUGACAACAUGGUGUGCAAGCUUGAGAAAUAUGCCAACCAUCUAGAAGACGUGGUUGAGGAGAGAACAAACCAGCUCACAGCAGAGAAGAAAAGAACAGACAAACUUCUUUCCAGCAUGUUGCCCAGAUACAUUGCAGAACAGCUGAUGGCUGGGAGAUCCGUGGAGCCCAAAAGCUAUGAGACAGUGACCAUCUUCUUCUCUGACAUUGUGGGCUUCACCAGUAUGUGCUCCAUAAGCUCUCCCUUGGAGGUAGUCAGCCUACUCAACGACCUCUACAGUUUGUUCGAUGAAAUAAUAAAGCUUUAUGAUGUCUAUAAGGUUGAAACUAUUGGAGAUGCAUACAUGGUGGCAAGUGGGCUUCCCAUUAGCAAUGGCUUGAAACAUGCUGAAGAAAUAGCCACCAUGUCUUUGCACUUUCUCAGUGCCAUCAUGAUGUUUAAAAUACGGCACCUUCCAGACGAAACACUGAAACUUCGCAUAGGGAUUAAUUCAGGGCCUGUUGUGGCAGGAGUUGUGGGAACAACAAUGCCAAGAUACUGUCUGUUUGGAGACACAGUUAACACAGCUUCAAGGAUGGAAAGCAACAGCUUGCCUUUGAAGAUUCAUGUGUCUGAGAGCACAGCACAAAUUCUAACCAAGACUGGCAAAUUUGAAUUAGAAGCAAGAGGAGACGUUGAAAUCAAGGGAAAAGGAACCCAGAAGACUUAUUGGUUAAAGAGCAAAAAAGGAUUUAUGAUGCCCCUACCAGACUCUGCAAGUACUGCAGGAAAAUCCAACAAAAAUCUUUUGAAGGACAGUGAGAAGUGGACUGAUGGAAUUAAAACCAAAGAUCCAGAGAAGAGGGAGAGGAGAAGGACACAGGGACGCAGCAGAGAGGAUAGCGGGCAAAGUGAAACCCUGCUGAUGAAUAUUUUGCCUGCAGAUAGACAGUACGAAAAAGCCCAAGUCCACAGCCAGUCUCACCUGAGUCCAAACUAAACUAAAACGUCUUUUACUUAUAAACUCAGUUCAACACAUGAAGUCCAGAAAGGGACAAAAAGACUUACCUAACUUAAAAAUGAAAUGUAAUCAACAUCGCUGAUGUAAUUUUUCAAUAAAUGUGCUAAGAAAAAA